CUAGUGAUGACCGACGACGUCUCGUUCGCACCGGUGGCGCCGGCGGAUUACGCCGAAGCUCGCGCGUUUAUUGUGAAAUACUUUUACGCCUUCGAACCGAUGAAUCGGGCCUACAUCGGCCAGAAGGAAGCAUCCGACGCGGAUGUGGAGUUUACGGUGAAGUACCUGGAACGCGGACUGGGCGUGAAGGCGGUCGAUCGUGACGGGAAGAUCGUUGGGCUAUCGCUGGGUUACAUCGGGCACGAGAAUGAUGCAGAAGUGAUGCGACAGGAGGCGGAGCGGAACGGCGGGGAUCGGAAGUGGAGGGAUAUUCUGGAGUUCUUGGCCUACGUGCAGGACGGGGCUGAUGUUUUAGGGAAAUUUGGGAUUGAUGUGGCAUACGAGGUUCAGCUGGUUGCUGUGCAUUCGGAUUAUCGAGGACGAUCGAUUGGGAAGAAGCUGGUGGAGCGGCAGAUCUUGAAAGCGAAGGAGUGUGGCUUUCGAGGGGUUUAUGUCGAUUGUUCCAACGUGUUUACGGCGCGGAUUAUGGAGGGAUUAGGGUUUGAGUGUAUUCACGAGAUAGCUUUUGCAGACUACCGAACUACGGAGGGUUUGACGAUAUUCCAACCGGAAGAUGAGGUUCACACGAUGAUGAGGUCAUUCUUCAAAAUGAUUUAAGCAUGACGUUAAAGCGUGAUUUGGGAAGUGACUGUAAACAAGGUGCCGAAAUAAAAACAAAGUUCAAAUUCAAUAGCGA